CACAAAGAUAUUUCUUCGAUCUCUUCCCUUGAUCCGAAACUUCCUCGUUUCUUUCUUUUCUCCAAUCCCUCCAUUUUCCCUCGAUCUCAUCCACUUCGGCGCCGCCGUUUUACUCACCUUCUCCAUCGCCGCUGUCGACACCGCCGUCGUUUCCACCACGAUCCUCCUCGGCCCCAAAUUCCACGGUCUCUGCACCGUCUCCUCCUUUUCUUCUUCAGAGUCAUUUUUUCGCGGCUUUAAGCUCGUCUUGUUGUUGUUGCUUUUCUUCUUGGUGGCUUUCUUUGAUGGGUUUUGGUGGGGGAGGGAAGGAUAAGCGGUGAAGACGGGUAGAGCGUGACCCGACACGUGUCGGACGGAGACGGUCGUGGUCCGAGUCGGAUUCAGGAGAACGUCGGUGGUCAGCGGUGGCGGUUGAAUAACCACCACCUCAGUGAGUUCCCCAUUUCAGAAACGGAAAGUUGAAGUUGUGUAAAGGCUGAGACUUACUGGUGCAGUUGCCAUCAAAAAAGUAUAACGAAAACCAACAAAAACAACAACUACACAUAAACGACCACGCUUCUUUAUGAACAAAACAAAGAUCCCAUAGUCCAAAUUCGCUUCUUUCUUUCCAAUUCCACCACAAAGUUUGGCAAGCCGCCGUGUCUCUCAGGCUGCUGGAAAAAUCUUGAUUUGAAUUGCUGCUGGGAAAAAAAAAACUAAAAAAGAAGCAAUUUUUUAUCUACUAAUUUUUAUCUUUUUAGUUUUUUAUUUGUUUAAUUCAAAAUGGCAACAUUAACGACAGCACGACCAACAACAAAAAUUUGUCAGCUGACUUGUUUCUCUUCAAUCAAUCGGAAAUUACAGCUCUACUCGCUAUCCAUUUUUUGUCCAAUCACUCGUCCCAAGUCAUUUGUUGUUAUGAGUGUUGAUGGGCAUGGUGCAGAAGCUACUAGUUCUGAACUUAAAACUAAACAAAGACUUGUGGCGGAGGGAUCAAAACCAUUUAUAGAGGAGUCAACUAAGUCAUAUCUGAAUGUAGAAGGGCAUGUUCCUGAAAGUACAAGUGAACCAAUAGAGGAAAACAAUAUCAUCCAACCAAAAAGGGCAGCUAAAAUCCAUGAUUUCUGUUUCGGUAUUCCUUAUGGUGCUCUUGUUCUAAGUGGGGGGCUUGUUGUUUUUGUAUUUUCUAGAAAUCCUACUACCAUACUCUUUGGAGGUGCUUUGCUGGCCCUUAGCACCUUCAGCUUGAAGAUCUGGAGGCAAGGAAAAUCAAGUUUACCGUUCAUAUUUGGACAAGCAGCACUAGCAGCAGUACUUUUCUGGAAGAACUUUCAGACUUAUUCAUUGACAAAGAAGCUUUUUCCAAAUGCAUUUUAUGCUGCCAUAAGUGCGGCAAUGUUGUGCUUCUAUUCAUAUGUGGUGAUCUCUGGAGGGAAUCCACCCCCAAAGAAGUUGAAAUCGUCUGCCAGUCACCAAUCUUGAUGAGACUGCUUAAAGGUUCUUAGUUAUAUAUGUAUCGGGGUCCCCUUUUGUAAUUUUGUAUUUGGACUUGAACUGAGUUUACUGGUGAAUGAGUCCUAGUUGCAUUGUUUAUGAGUGCAAAUUGUGGGUCAACUACAAGUUCAGAAAGGAUAUUGUUUUCUUUGGUUUGUGGGAAGCAGCAUUCCAUAUAGCAAUAAUGUUGUGGCACGCUAAAUGAGUGCUUUGGUGGAUCAAUAUGUGGCAUAAUUGCAUCUUUCAUUAGCAUAGUGGCAUUUGAAUUGUGUAAUAGAACUCCUGAACCAGAUUGUAAGGAAAAGGAGCUACACAGAUAUUGCGGAACCAAAAUUUGAUAUGUAUAAUUUUUUUCUUUUUUUGUGAUAAGUGUGACUUAAGAAAUUAUUUGUAUUUGUUUAUUGAACAACUUUGUUCUAGUCA